AUGUGUGUGCUGUUCGUGGACAACAUUUAUCCAUUUAUUUGUUUGAAACGUCCACAGCUCCCUCUUGACGACUGCUUCGGCGGUGUUCUUCCUCCAUGUCGUAAGGAGGGUUCCAACGCUUCGAGCAGAGUCCAAGAAAAUCAUGAUUUGUUGCCGGUGAAAUGUCUAGGGAGACCUUGGAGUUCUUUGGAAGCUGCUGCAGCAUGGUUCCACUAUCAAUGCGGAGAAGUGUUGCGAGCAGUAGGACCGGGUGGCUGCAAAACUCAGAGUGACACAGAGUUGGACCAUCCCCUCCAAUGCACCAUACAGUCCGGACAUUGCCAUUCCGAUUACCGAUUUUUCCGAUCUCUGGCUUAUCACCUGGAAGGACGUCUCUUCGUUGAUGAGGACCAGAGCCCAAAAGUCUUAGUCAUUUUCCCCCGUAUUUUCGUUAAGUUAAUCCAAAUAAAUAGUAAUAAUAGUAACAAGUAG